GUGCUGGAGAGUCUGGGAAAAGCACCAUUGUGAAGCAGAUGAAGAUUAUUCAUGAGGAUGGCUACUCAGAGGAGGAAUGCAAACAAUAUAAAGUGGUUGUCUACAGCAAUACCAUCCAGUCCAUCAUUGCCAUCAUAAGAGCCAUGGGGAGGCUAAAGAUAGACUUUGGGGAAGUUGCCAGAGCAGAUGAUGCCCGUCAGCUCUUCGUGCUGGCUGGCAGUGCAGAGGAGGGGGUGAUGACUGCUGAGCUGGCCGGCGUGAUCAAGAGGUUGUGGAGGGACACUGGGGUCCAGGCCUGCUUCAGCAGGUCCAGAGAGUAUCAGCUCAACGACUCUGCUUCAUAGUAAGAACCCUCACCAGCCUCUGGGCUCUCCACAGCCGUCCAAGGAGGGGUUGGAAAGAGCCACCAUGUCCAAAAGCAGGGUGGUACUUGGGUGGGGAGGGUCCUGUUCCAUGGGAGGUGGGCAAAAAGGCCUCAGUUGAACUGCUCUGGCUCCCCCAGGGGUGAGAUGUCAAGGUGACUUAGGGCUUCUGCUCAUCUGUCCUGGUUUGAG